GACAGAAAAAAAAAAAAAAAACAUGCAGGAAAACAUUUGCUUAACUUGCUUUUCUGGUUUCAUGUUUACAGAGCUUAAUUUGCAGUCUUCCGCCAUGGCAACAAAUAAUGGUCACCCAAUUGACCUCCAACCACAGAAAAAUGCAAUUCAUCCCACCCCUCCUUAUAGCCAGGGACCAGGUAUACCAGGCCAAUGGGAAUCGGAGGAAAUUUUCUAAAUUUUAUCUCCCUUUCUCACUCCUAAUUUUCUUCCCUUUGCAAGGUCAAGUGCCCAUGAUGCCAGUUCCACAAAGACCCGCUGGCUGCCCACCAGGACUGGAGUACCUGACCCAGAUUGAUCAACUUCUUAUACAGCAGAAAGUUGAGCUGGCUGAAGUUAUAUUGGGCUGGGAGACCAAUAAUAAGUACAUGGUGAAGAACAGUAUGGGGCAACAGGUGUUCUUUGUGGCUGAGGAAAAUGACUGCUGUAACAGACAGUUCUGUGGACCACUGCGCUCAUUCGUCCUCCAUGUUCAGGAUAACUUGGGACAGGAAGUGAUGACACUCACUCGUCCUUUGAAGUGUGGAAGCUGCUGUUGUCCCUGUUGCUUGCAAGAGCUUGAAAUCCAGUCUCCACCGGGGAACCCGAUUGGAUAUGUGAUCCAGAACUGGCAUCCUUUCCUUCCUAAGUAUACCAUACAGAAUGAGAAGAAAGAAGGAGUUCUGAAGAUCAUAGGGCCGUUCUGUUCAUGCAGAUGUUGCGCUGAUGUGAACUUUGAUGUUUUCUCCAUGGAUGAAUCAACAAAGGUGGGUAGAAUCUCUAAACAAUGGACAGGUCUGGUGAGAGAAGCUUUCACCGAUGCAGACAAUUUUGGAAUCUCCUUUCCUGUGGAUCUGGACGUGAAAAUUAAAGCUGCUCUUUUUGGAGCAUGUUUUCUCAUAGACUUCAUGUUCUUUGAACACAGUAAAUAAAUGUAUUUUCUGGAGGUCAUGAUUUCAGACUGAAUUUUGAACUCCUUUCUCUGGAUAUGUUAACCAUGGAUUCAAAUGUGGGUCACUCGACAAAAAAAAAAAAAAAAUUACACAUAUAACUAUGUACAUUAAAUUAUGGAGUCUAUUCCUUCACUACUGUUCAUGAGCCACCACUAGGUGACAGCAGUUCCCUUUACAGUAAUGUUGAGAUGCCUUCUGUAUCAACAAAGUACCUGCUCUAAAUGUACUGCCAAAAAAUGUACUAACUAAAAAUUAUAUACAGUUAACAAACUUGUAACAAGCAAAAUGUUUAUUGCUUAAUUGUGCGCCAUUUUUUUUAUUAUUUAAUUGUAAUAAAUAGUAGAAUGAAGUGUUUUAUAUCAGCAUCUGCUUCCAAUGUUUGCAGUCAUUCUUACAACUGUGUAAUAAAAUUUCCAUUGCUUAUAGGUAUAGGAGUAAUUCAUAUUA